AUGGCUACUCAAAUCUUUGCUAGCCCUUCUCUACUCAAUUUGUCAAGUGAAACCUAUAAUCCUCUCUUUGCACGUUCUUUCAAGUCGCCGAUCUCAGUUUCAAUGCUGAAGCCGCAGUCGACAGUGGUAGGGAGCGCACGAUUUGGUUUCGCCCGUCGCUGCUGCCACUCGCUGGUCAAUAACGUUCAAAAUCGUUCUCUAUGGCCGGAGGAAAUCCUUUUAAUCCCUGGUUGUGAUUUUGAGCACUGGUUGGUAGUCGUGGAGGAGCUGGACAAAAGUUGGUCCAGAGAUCAGAUAAUCGAAAGCUAUAUCAUCGGAAGUGAAUAA